UGGAGUAAAUCCGGAUAUUAGCACGUGUUUGAACCAAUGAGAUAAUUCAUUUGAAUAUAUUGGCGAUGUUCAGCCUCGAAAAUUUCUUAAACAAAACAUUCGGAAAAUUAUAACUCCAAAGUUCAAACUCGAUCUUUGUGUAUAUAUUCUCAUUUCUCACCAACAAUUACUCCAAAAUUCAGCAAUCAUUUUUCCUUGUUUGCUCCAUCCACCAGAGAAACGCCCACUUUUAGCUUUCAGCUCAUUAACAAAGUGGUGCUAGGCCACUAGCUAUGGCAUCUUCCAAGCUGCAUGGUGGAGAAAAUGUUGCAAGUAUUUGGAGAAACACCAAAGGUUUCACCCUCCAAGUCCUUACAGGACGUUGGUUCAUGGCAUUCUCCUCGUUCAUAAUCAUGUCAGUAUCGGGAGCAAGCUACAUGUUUAGUCUAUACUCAAGGGAAAUCAAGUCAGUUUUGGGGUAUGACCAAUCCACCCUCAAUCUCUUAAGCUUCUUCAAGGACUUGGGCUCUAACGUAGGCAUUAUUUCAGGCCUAAUCAAUGAGGUCACACCCCCUUGGGUCGUCUUAACACUUGGUGGGGUUCUCAACUUUUUUGGCUAUUUCAUGAUUUGGCUUGCAGUGACCACAAAAAUUGCCAAGCCCCAAGUGUGGAACAUGUGCUUGUACAUCUUCAUUGGAGCCAAUUCUCAUUGCUCCACCAACACUGGAAUCAUUGUCACCAGUGUAAAGAACUUCCCUGGCACCAGGGGCAUUGUACUUGGCAUUUUGGGUGGGUAUCUUGGUUUGAGUGCAGCUAUCAUCACUCAGAUAUACUAUGCCUUCUAUGGAAAUGAUUCCAAGUCUCUAAUUUUUCUUAUGGCAUGGCUACCAACUGCUGUAAGUUUUCUUAUUUUACCAGUUAUCAGGCACCACAAGGGAGUUGUACAGCCAAAUGAUUCCAAGGCUUUCUAUAAUUUCCUCUAUACCACUUUAGUCCUUGCAGGUUUCCUCUUGGUAGUGAUCAUAUUGCAAAAAACUUUCACUUUUACAAAGAGUGAGUAUUAUGUCACUAGCACUCUAAUGCUUCUCUUGCUCAUCCUGCCACUUGCUGUUGUUUUGGUUGAAGAACAAAAGGUAUGGAAGAGGAAACAAGAAAACAUCAAUACUGAAAACCCUCCUAAGCCUUUGAAUAUAACAACAGAAAAGCCAAAUCUUGAGAAGCCUGCAAAGGCUACACCAAAGCAAGUUUCCUGUUGGAAAAACAUGUUGAGGCCACCAAGUAGAGGUGAUGAUUAUACAAUACUUCAAGCCCUUUUUAGCCUUGACAUGGUGAUUCUUUUCGUAGCCACAAUUUGUGGACUUGGUGGUAGCUUGACUGUGGUAAAUAACUUAAGUCAGAUUGGUAUAUCCUUAGGAUACUCAGGGCAUAGUAUAAACACAUUUGUGUCCCUUAUGGCCAUUUGGAUCUAUACGGGUAAAAUUCUACAGGGAGUGGUCUCAGAAAUUAUCAUAACCAAAUUUAAAGUCCCUAGGCCUCUCAUACUCACAUUAAUCCUUGUGUUACCGUGUGUUGGUUACCUUCUAAUUGCUUUCAAUGUCCCAAAUGGUCUUUAUGUAGCCUCAAUUAUUAUUGGGUUAUGCUUCGGGGCAACCUGGACUGUACUAUUUUCCAUUAUAUCUGAACUUUUUGGUCUUAAAUUUUACUCAACUUUGUAUAAUGUUGGGUCAGUGGCAAGUCCAAUUGGGUCAUAUUUGUUCAGUGUAAGGGUUGCAGGGCAUUUGUAUGACAAGGAAGCUACAAGGCAAAUGAAAGCAUUAGGACUAACGAGGAAGGCUGGGGAGGAGUUGAAUUGCAAUGGGAGUGAGUGUUACAAAAUGGCUUUCUUUAUAAUCACUGCAGUUAGCCUCUUUGGGGCACUUGUGUCUCUCAUCUUGGUGCUAAGGACUAGAGAGUUUUAUAAAAGUGACAUAUACGAGAAGUUCAGAGAGGAAGCUAGAGCUACUGAAGCUGAAAUUAGUCUCACUGAGAACAAGAUUUGACAACCAGUUGCUAAUGAAGGCUAGAUAUCUUUGGCAAGGACUUGUUUGUAAAUACUCUAUGUUUGGCAUAGUAGCAAAAAGUAAACUUUCUUAUCAAGUUAGAUUAUGAUAGAUAAAAAAAAAAAACUGCAAUAAAUUCCCAUUAGAUUGUAGAAUAUAUAAUGGAAUUUCGUGUGAUAUGUUAUGUUGUUUUCUUUUCAAUAAAAUCAUCAAAUUUAGAAGGUUUAAAUA